AUGCCUACCGGAGCUCAGGGUGGAAAGAAGAAGCCGCUCAAACAAGAGAAGAAGAAUACCAUUCUAACUGAUGAGGAUAUUGAGUUUAAGAAGAAGGAGAUUGAGCAGAGAAAGAAGGAUGAGACAGCGAGGAAGGAUCUAUUGGCAAAGAAAAAUGCCAAAAAAAAGUAA